GAGCAUUUAAAACACUUACCACAAGAUUACCGUAGCAAUCGUGUAUGGCUCGCUAAGCAGUACAACGCAUCGUAUUAUUCCUUUGUGUAUGCAGAGAUUAUUGAGGAAAUGCCUUCCAAAUUUCAUGGCCACAACUAAUGUUAGGUAUUCCCGAGUAUCAAAGUCUACUGUUGGCGGAUACGCAUCGAGACAAAUCGGACCCUUCGCUGAGUCUCUUCCGCCUCCGGUAGUGGCAGGCACUGUCUUAUCAGUAUCAAUUAAGCCACUAAUAAUACCUGUAAUUUUCUGAAGCAACACUUCGGUGACGCUAUAUCUCUAAGAUUAAUAUCGCUCUACAGUCACACUCCGUACACAGAUACGGCG